ACACAUUUAUAAUAUUUUCCAAACCCGAUCAGAUAUAAUUUCCUCAUUUCGAAAUCAUGAGUUGCUGAGAAGACAGUAAUUUUAGAUCGGUUUUGCUCGUCUCUUUCCCUCUACAAUUCUCUCUGCAUAUCUUUCCCCGGCGGUGAAUCAAUGAAACGAAUUGUGAGGCUUGUUUCUUUGUGCGAUUCUAGAUUCCGUGGAUCAUGGCUACUGAGAGGAAAUUGAUAUACCAUGAGAGGCAAAGACUGCAAUUCUGCUUAUUGCACACCCUCAACAAUCUCUUCCAGGAGAAGGAUGCAUUUUCAAGAGCGGCAUUGAAUGCCAUUGCUCGAAGACUUGACCUUCAGGAUCCGAACCAGUCAUCAUGGACUCCAUUGUCAGUUGUUUUUAAGUCUCAUCACAAUGUGGUUACAGGGAACUAUGAUGUCAAUGUACUGAUUGCCGCACUUGAAGAAAGGGGUAAGACGGUAAAAUGGCAUGAUCGGAGAUGUGGGGCAUCCACAAUUGGUCUUGAUGAUAAAUUGUUUGGCAUCGUGCUCAAUGUUCCGGUCAAAAGGUAUGGCGGCCUAUGGAAAGGCAGGCAUUGGAUUGCCUUGAGAAGAGUUGAUAGUGCUUGGUACAAUCUGGAUAGUGAUUUUUCCUCUCCCUAUCAAUUCAAGAAUACUGAAGAAAUAACUGAACUCAUGGAUGGUGUGAUUUCAACUGGAGGCGAGAUUUUGCUUGUCAUGAAUGGCGAAGACUGAGAUUAAAGGAACAACAAAGGAGUUUUGUUUUCGUCCUAUGCCUUUUGGCAGCCUAUUCGACGCAGCAUAAGGCUCUUCGUGUGACUAACUCUUUUGAACUUGAGAAGUUUAAGGCGUUAAUAAGUUCGACAUGGAAAGAGUUUUGUUUUUUGUUUUGUGUCAUUCCUAUUCCUAAGCUGUCUCAAGGCUUUGCAAGCUUCAAUUGUGCAGCUGCUUUCUGGUAUGUUCGUUGAUCUUGAACUUAAACCAAAGGCAUUAACUGUUGUAUAUUCUGCUUUCUUGCAUUAGAUAUCUCGCUUUCAAAUCGAAUCUGCAUCUAUAUACUUUUGAUAAAUGCUCUGUUUGUAAGUACGCUUUCACCUAUGCUUACAUUUAAUUUCAUGUUUCAGAUUGUGUAUUUAUACAAUGUUUCAAAAA